AUGACGUUAGUUGGGUGUAGAUUCAUGGGCGAUAUCAAGAUCGACUUCAGUAUUCAAUCACAAACCGAAUAUUCAAUCAACCCUAAUUCGAUUUGUAGGCGUUUUCUCCCCAUGGAAAAUGGGAAAGGGAAAAGAGUCGAAGCCAUUGAUGACCAAUUGCAGCUUCCGGAAUCCAUUAUUCAGCACAUACAAUCUUUCCUCACUGGAAAAGAAGCUGCUUCGACGGCUGUGCUCUCCAAAUCAUGGUACAAUUCUUGGUUAACUCGGCCGGCUCUCGAUUUUGAUGAACGCAAUUUUCAGAAUCAGAACUCGGAUCCGCAGAAUGAUGACAAGUUCUUCAAUUUUGUGAAGAGGAGUAUGGAAAGGUACCAUGGCUUGAACUUAACUAUAGAGAGUUUCAAGCUUUGGAUGAGUGUUAGGGAUGUUGAUUCUUCUUCUCUUGCUUCUGAAUUGAUUGUGAAAGCUGUGAAAAUGGGUGCUAAUGGGGUCAAUCUCGAAUUUAGUCCCCCAAUUUCAGAGUACAUUUUGCCAAAGGAAUUGCUUGAAGCCGAGUCUUUGGUUGGAUUAUCUCUUGCUGGGUGUAAAAUCUUUAGUGGGGAGGUUAUGUGUUUGAGACUUAAGUCGCUCCGUUUAUGUAAGGUCUGUGUAGAAGAUGAUAUGAUCAGGGAUAUAAUGUUAGGAUGCCCUAUGAUUGAGAAUUUUGUCUUGUCUGAUUGUGAGGGUUUUGUGAAAGUUAAUGUGAGUAAAAUGGUUGAACUCAAGAGAUUUAGUGUUAUUAGACAUGUGACUAAUCCAGUAGUAUUCAGGAGCCCCUUUAUCGAAUUUGAAGAACAAAGUGUCGGAUCAAUUAUUGAUGGUCGAGCCAAUCUGUCUGAAUUUCGUAAACUCAGUUGUUUGUUUUUGGAAAGCGUGAAGAUAGGCAAGAUGUUAUUUUCUGAUUUCUCAAACAAGUUCCCUUGCUUGGAGGAUUUGACAGUUCACCAUUGUGUUGGAUGUUUUGUAUUCAAUAUUUCGAGUCAAUCACUUAAGUACAUAAGCUUGGCACAUACGAGGAGAUUGGAAGUCCAACUUGAUGUUCCAAAUAUCCAUAAGAUCAAGUUUUCAGGAUCAAGCAUCCCUUCCUUGACUUUUAUUACAGCUUCAAGGGAAUGGGAGUCUGAUAUAGCACUUUCAUGCUGGAACUAUCUUGGUGUUUCAUGGUUACUUGAGCUGAAAAAGUUUCUGACAAAUUUGGGUCCGUCCAGAAUUACUCUCCGUAUCGAGUUAUUCGCAGAAAACCGCAUUGAUUGCUUGCCAGUUGUUCAAGGUUUAAGUAAACCUAUAGUGGAGAAUUUGAUAUUAAUGGCGCAUUCGUCAUAUUCUGUAUCCUCUACUUUGUUGGACGGUAUAUUUUGGAGUUUUCGACCUAAGGUCAUAACUCAAUGUCUCUUUCCCGUAUUGGGCAUCAAAUCGGCAAACACUAACAUCAUCCAGCCUCAGUUCUGGAAAGCAAGCAAUGACUUGUUGCGGCUUCUAUGCAACAGGCUGAUGGACAUAGAAAAUUCCAAUUGCUGCAACUCAAUUGAAAAAAAUAUUGGCUGGCAUGAGCUCGAGGAAGUAAAUGCUGAAUUUUUUUCAGAUACUAUUAUGGAAUGGCAGCCUCUGCCCUGGAAGACUUUGUUAGAUGAUGUAGAAAGUCCAGAAAAAGAAGUACAAAUCCGUUUCCUAUUGAGAUGGCAAUCACCUGAAAAUGCUGGACCUUCCCAUGGUCCGCUUGACUAGUUUUCUUUUGCAUCCGCUGUUUCCUUUUUUCUUUUGCUAUAAGAUGAAGCCAAUACUAUAGGUUUUUCUUUUGAGUAACGAUUCUGAAAUCCAAAAUGUUCUUCCUGCGCUCCAUUUCCUAGUGUUAUUAAUGAUGCAGGAACUGAUACCAAACUUUUAUGGUCUUGAAUCGUGUUGGGUUUAAUAGAAUAUUUUCUGUGCACAAUUUAGUUAAUAA